UGGCUGUGUCCCUUCGCGGCUUCUCCGUUUUGUGUCUCUGCUGUGAUCGGUCCGAUACGGCGGGGGAAGUUAGAAUGGAACAAACUGAAGGCCCUAUGAGAAAAAGGGAAAGCUAAGGAUGCUGGAGCAGAACAAUGGAUUUCUCCUUCUCUUUCAUGCAAGGGAUCAUGGGAAACACAAUUCAGCAACCACCUCAACUCAUUGACUCGGCUAACAACCGCCAAGAGGAUGCUUUUGAUGCCAGCAGUGACAUCACUGAAGAUGGUAGGCAGACACCAUAUGAAGCUGCCCUUGCCUUGCAGCAAGGUUUUCAGUACCCUACGCCAACAACGGAGGAUCUUCCGCCCCUCAUUAAUGGAUUUCCACCAAUUGGCAUGUAUGAACCCCAAGCCAAAUAUCAGUCGUACAGUCAGUAUCCUAAUGGUUCAGCCAAUGGCUUUGGCACAGUUAGAAACUUUAGUCCACCAGAGUAUUAUCAAAUGGAGAACUCUAAUAUAAGGCCACAUGAAAAUCUGGAAAAAACAUCACCCCCACAGCCGCCACCUCCUUCAGUAUCCCAAACGGUGAUUCCAAAGAAGACUGGCUCACCAGAAAUCAAAUUAAAAAUAACCAAAACUAUCCAGAACGGCAGGGAAUUGUUUGAGUCCUCUCUGUGUGGGGACCUUUUAAAUGAAGUACAAGCAAGCGAGUAUGCGAAGUCAAAACACGAAGGGAGAAAAGAAAAAAGGAAAAAAAGUAGCAAACAUGACUCUUCCCACUCAGAAGAGCGCAAAUCACAUAAAAUUCCAAAACUAGAGCCAGUGGAACAAAAUAGACCAAAUGAAAGGCUUAGCACACUGUCUGAAAGACCAAGGGAAGAAACAAUGGUGUUGGACGAAACCCCGGCCCAGCAAGUCUCUCCUCCUCUUCCAGCGCAAGUAGCAAGCAAUAUCAAGUUUGAGGUUGGAGAUCUGGUCUGGUCCAAAGUGGGAACAUAUCCUUGGUGGCCCUGCAUGGUUUCAAGCGAUCCACAACUUGAGGUUCACACCAAAAUUAACACAAGAGGUGCACGGGAAUAUCACGUCCAGUUUUUUAGUAACCAGCCUGAGAGAGCAUGGGUGCAUGAGAAACGGGUACGAGAGUACAAAGGACGUAAACAGUACGAUCAGCUGGUGGCAGAGGCAGCUAAGCAAGCCAACCAUUCUGAAAAACAGAAGAUUCGCAAACCAAGGCCACAGAGAGAGCGUGCACAAUGGGAUAUUGGCAUUGCCCAUGCUGAGGAAGCAUUAAAAAUGACUCGGGAAGAGAGGAUAGAACAAUACACCUUCAUCUACGUAGAUAAAGAGCCAGAAGAGCCUUUGUCAAAAGCCAGGAGGACUGGUGCCCCUAAGACAGAGGCUAAAAAAACCCGGCGAUCUAAACCAUCGCCUAAUGCACAGCCAGAACACACCAGUGAGGUUUUGGCAGUAUCCUCUCCAUCCAAUACUGAAGUGCGGAGACAUAGUCAGAGAAGGCAGUCAAGCAUGGAUGAAGAACCACCUCCUGUGAAAAUAGCAUGGAAAACUGCUGCAGCCAGAAAAUCCUUACCAGCAUCCAUAACCAUGCACCAGGGAACUUUGGACCUUCAGAAAUGUAAUAUGUCUCCAGUUGUUAAAAUCGAACAAGUUUUUGCUCUACAGAAUGCUGCUGGGAAUGGAAAGUUCAUUGAUCAGUUUGUUUAUUCUACCAAGGGUAUAGGAAACAAACCAGAAAUAAUCAUCAAGGGGCAAGACAAACUCACUUCCAUCUCAAACCAGCGAAAUGAAAGAGCCUCCUCACAAAGUGCACCCUCUCCCGAAACAUCUUCUGGGUUGGCAAGUUCUGUAGAAAAGAAGCAACAGAGAAGAUCAAUACGAACUCGCUCAGAGUCUGAGAAAUCCACUGAAGUUGUGCCAAAGAAGAAGAUCAAAAAGGAGCAGGUAGAAACAGUCCCACAGACAGCAGUGAAGACUGGAUUACAGAAAGGUGCCAGUGAGAUUUCAGAUUCUUGUAAGCCUCUAAAGAAAAGGAGCCGUGCCUCAACAGAUGUAGAACUGACUAGCUCAGCAUACAGAGAUACAUCUGACUCUGAUUCAAGAGGUCUUAAUGAUCUACAGGGUACUUUUGGAAAGCAGUCAGACAGCCCAUCAGCUGCAGCAGAUGCUGAUGCUUCUGAUGUACAGUCUGUGGAUUCAAGUUUAUCAAGAAGAGGUUCUGGGACAAGUAAGAGAGAUACCGUUUGUCAGAUUUGUGAAAGUUCUGGUGAGUCUCUGGUGUCCUGUGAAGGAGAGUGCUGCAGGGUCUUCCAUACGGAAUGCCUAGGACUGAGCUCGCAGCCUGAUGGGAAGUUCGUCUGCCUAGAGUGCAAAAAUGGACAGCAUACAUGCUUUUCCUGCAAACUUCCUGGCAAAGACGUAAAACGCUGCUCUGUCAAUGUCUGUGGUAAAUUUUAUCACGAGGCUUGCGUCCGCAAGUUUGCUACGGCUGUCUUUGAGUCCCGAGGGUUCCGUUGCCCACAGCAUUGCUGCACUGCCUGCUCCAUGGAUAAGGAUAUUCAUAAAGCAAGCAAAGGUCGCAUGGUGAGAUGUUUGAGAUGCCCCAUUGCCUAUCACUCGGGAGAUGGCUGUAUUGCUGCGGGAAGUUUGUUUGUGUCAUCCCACAUUCUCAUCUGUAGUAACCAUUCCAAAAGGAGCAAUCACUCUUCAUCAGCUGUAAAUGUAGGCUUUUGUUUCGUUUGUGCAAGAGGGCUGAUAGUGCAGGAUCAUUCAGACCCCCUGUUCAGUUCAUAUGCCAAUAAGUCCCACUACCUACUGAAUGAAUCAAAUCGUGCUGAGUUGAUGAAAUUACCUAUGAUUCCUCCUUCUUCGUCAGCUUCCAAAAAGAAAUGUGAGAAAGGUGGAAAACUGUUGUGCUGUGAAUCAUGUCCUGCAUCCUUCCACCCGGAAUGUCUUAACAUAGAAAUGCCAGAUGGCUCCUGGAACUGCAAUGACUGUAAAGCUGGCAAGAAGCUACGAUACAAGCAGAUUGUUUGGGUCAAGCUUGGAAAUUACAGGUGGUGGCCAGCUGAGAUCUGCAAUCCCAGGUCUGUUCCUCUCAACAUUCAGGGCCUCAAACAUGAUAUCGGGGACUUCCCAGUAUUUUUCUUUGGUUCACAUGACUACUAUUGGGUACAUCAGGGCAGAGUAUUCCCUUAUGUUGAAGGAGACAAAAGCUUUGCCGAGGGGCAAACUAAUAUUAACAAGACCUUCAAGAAAGCACUUGAAGAAGCAGCAAAACGCUUCCAGGAGCUGAAAGCACAAAGAGAAAGCAAAGAAGCACUUGAAAUUGAAAGGAACUCAAGAAAACCACCUCCCUAUAAACAUAUUAAAUCCAACAAAGUAGUAGGGAAAGUUCAGAUACAAGUUGCAGACUUGUCAGAAAUCCCUCGGUGUAACUGUAAGCCAACUGAUGAAAACCCUUGUGGCCUGGAGUCAGAAUGUCUGAAUCGGAUGCUGCAGUAUGAGUGCCAUCCCCAAGUUUGCCCUGCAGGAGAGCGCUGUCAAAACCAGUGCUUCACCAAAAGACUCUAUCCAGAAGCAGAAAUUAUAAAAACUGACCAACGCGGCUGGGGUCUUAGGACAAAACGGAACAUUAAAAAGGGUGAAUUUGUCAAUGAGUACGUUGGUGAACUAAUUGAUGAGGAAGAAUGCAGAUUGCGAAUCAAACGUGCCCAUGAGAAUAGUGUGACCAAUUUUUAUAUGUUAACUGUUACAAAGGACCGCAUAAUAGAUGCUGGCCCAAAGGGGAAUUACUCUCGCUUUAUGAACCACAGCUGCAACCCCAACUGUGAAACUCAGAAGUGGACAGUGAAUGGGGAUGUCCGAGUUGGGCUCUUCGCUCUUUGUGAUAUUCCUGCAGGGAUGGAAUUAACGUUUAACUAUAAUUUGGAUUGCCUGGGGAAUGGCAGGACAGAAUGCCACUGUGGAGCUGAUAAUUGCAGUGGAUUCCUAGGAGUGCGGCCAAAGACGGCAUGUGCAACAGCAAAUGAAGAAAAAGCAAAGAAUGCAAAGCUGAAGCAGAAGAAGCGGAAGAUAAAAACAGAGCAGAAGCAGAUGCAUGAGGACAACUGUUUCCAGUGUGGAGAUGGGGGUGAAUUGGUCAUGUGUGACAAAAAAGACUGUCCCAAAGCAUACCACCUCCUCUGCCUUAACUUGACACAGCCACCUUUUGGAAAGUGGGAAUGUCCAUGGCACCAGUGUGACAUCUGCAGCAGCCCUGCUGCUUCGUUCUGUGAGUUCUGCCCUCAUUCCUACUGCAAGGAUCAUGAAAAAGGGGCACUUGUGGCCUCAGUCUUGGAUGGGCGUCCAUGCUGCUCUGAACACAACCCUAAGGCACCAGUGGCACCAGAGUAUUGGAGCAAGAUCAAACGCCGGUUGGAACAGCAGAAUCCCGAGGAAGAGUCAAAGGGAUAAACUUGUCUUUCCCUAAAUAAACAAAACAAAAAACCCAAUAACCCACAACCCACUGAGUGGCAAAUCAUUGUGAAUUGGGGUAAAGUGCCAUGGCACCCUCAGUUUUUGUCUUUGGAACUGCUUCCAUGGAACUCAAACAGGGACCAUCUGAUCUUGUAUGGCAGUUAACAGCCUGUGGCAUCUGUGCUCUGAUCCGUUUGUCCUUGAGUGCAUCCUUCAGGCUCUUGAAAAACAGAAAGAAGUGUCUUGGCAACCUUUUGUUAUUAGAAGAGGAAACCUUUCUGACAUUGAAAAAAAAAUCAUGUUUAAAGUAUGUUCUCUGAGUGUAGAAACCAAACAGCAAAAUAUUUAUUUAUUUAAUUUUUAAUGGACUUUUGAGGAUUUAUGGUCCUAUUACAGUCAGUGUAUCGAAAAGGAGUAGCAACACCAGCCUGGUAUCUAUCUAUGUAUGUAUCUGUAGUGUUUUUUUUCCCUGUCUCGUUUUAGAAAUAUGAGAAAAAGCCUCUGCGCACCAGUAUCCUUUCAGGUAAAUCUGUUAGGGCUGGAACGAAAGCUUAUUGUGGCAGUUGACAGCGAGAUGGCUUCAUUCCAGUACGUUCACCAUAACAAAGAGUUUUGAGGCAAGAGGUUGGUAUAUGUUAUUUUAAUUGAGUGAAUGAUGAUCAUGAUACCAGAAGUUCUCCCACAGGAAACUAGUUGUGAUCUACUUAUUUUUGAAAUGCAUUCUGUUUGACACUACAUUUUCAGCAAAUUGUAAAAGUACCGCCCACUAGGGGCUUUUCAUCAUGCAGUGUUUGAAACCUCACUUCAUUUCAAAAGUGCUUAUGCAGGAGAAGCUGUUAGCAGGUUGUGCCCAUAAUAAUCCAUUUAAAUUUGUGUGAAAUGGCUGUAGGUAGCCUGGGAGUAUCUUGCAUUUUGCCCACUAUCCAGUUUAAUUAUGCAUAAAUCACAUUUCUGCCAUGAAAAUUAUGAUUAAGCAGAAAGCAUUUGGAACAGGCUUUCCUUACUUCUUGUAAGUCUUGCCAUAGUAUGGGGGGUGUCAAAGUGAAGAUCUGUAUUCACAGGUUGUGGGCUCCACUUGUUUUAUGAUCAUGUACUGUGCAGGACCUCUCACCUGGCCAUCUGAGGCCUUCACUAACAUAGGCUCUGAUUAUGCUUUCUGUUUUAAAUUUGAGAGGCAGAAUUGGCUUUCAGUGUUCAUUUUAGAUGACCAGUCAGUGGCUAGCUUCAUGGGAUGCUUGCUAAUAUCUGAUAGGCUUGUUUCGUUGGUCCAAGCUUCCUCUGCUUUCAGAGGAGCUAGAAUGCUGUGUCAUUUGAGUAUUUGUGCUGGGACUCUAUAAUUUAUUUUGGUGUGUGGUUUGGUCAAAUGAAAUCUCUUCAUUAUGUUAGACUGGCCACCUAGUUUUCUUUAAAAAGUACUUCCAUAACUAUACAGGGUAUAGGCCUGUGCUGAUGCAUUCAGCUUUACAAAAGGAACGUUUGUAUCCCAGAGGGUAUUGGGUUUCUUAUUACACUUUCUCCCAAUGGUGGGUGCUGUCUAAAUGUCUCCAGAGGUACCUAAUUUAACUGUGCAUUGAUUUAUGUGAAAAAGUUCAACUUCAGAUAUAAACCGGCCAGUACCAGUUCUUGUUAUGCCAGGGUUUCCUGGCUCAGCUUUUCUGAUAUGCUUUCCCUCCUGCUUUUUAAAUGCAGAUCUAAGGGAAAAGAAAAUGCAUAUUUUUAUUUUCCUCAUUUGUAAAGGCAUAAAAAUAAUUCAACACACUACGUCUGUAAAGCUAGCUUCAGUUCCGUUUGACUCUUUCUGCAACCCCCUGAAUAUUGUGCAGGUUUCCUGCAUAUUCCUGACUAUCUUUGUGGGCCAAUUGACUGAGCACUUCUUCAACCUUGGGUCCCCAGAUGUUGCUGGACUUGCAACUCCCAUUAACCACCUUAGCCAACAACAUCUGAGGACCCAAGGUUGAAGAGCAGUGGUAUAGUACUAUAGGAAGUUGUCAAGCACUUGAUUAAACUAAAGGGCAAUGCUAAAGGAAUUUUGAAAAAACACUACAAUUUAUUCUUGUGUACUAAACUUAGAUUUUAGUUUUCUGAAUGUGUUGUUUGACAAUUUUUUUUCUUUGAGGUAGGGUGGAAAAAAUCCUUUGGAAGAGAAUUUUGUCCUAAUCUUAAAAUUCCAGGGCCAGUGCUUUCCUUGCCACAUUUUUAUAGAGCUGCUCUGCCCACUUCAUGAAGCUGAUGGGCACAGAAUGUUGCAAGCACUAUAUAUAUUCACUCCUUUGUGUUCUCUUCCAUACACUCCCUUGUCACGUGAUAAAAUGGAAAUAGCUAGUCAGUGCCCAGUUCUCCUGACAGUGCAUUUUCAGGGGGAAUAGCCAGUCCCAAAAAUCUUAAUUGUUGUAGGCUAUAGAUGCUGCUAAGGAUACAGUUGGUUUUGAAAUGUAGCUACUACAGAUGGCAGCUGUAGGCACUGUUUAUAGCCUCUUGGGGAUGGACCACAGCUCAGUGGCAGAGCAUCUGCUUUACAUGCAGAAGGCCCCAAAUUCAAUCCCCGGCAUCUCCAGGUAGGGCUGGGAGAGACUCCUGCUUGAAACCUUGGAGGACUGCUGCCUGUCAGUGUAGACAAUACUGAGCUAGAUGGACCUAUGGUCUAACUCAAUAUAAGGCAGCUUUCUGGGUUCCUAUGUGCUUAGUUAACUGGACAGGUUGCUGGAAGUGAGUACAAGGAGGCCUAUCUUACUUCCCACCUUUUUGUACCUUUCACAAAUCUUCCUCUUCUUUCCUCCCAUGCUGUUUCUUUUACCCCCUCAGCUGCCACACAUGGUUUUAGCGCAGUCUUUUCACAAUUCAGGGGCUGCAUGCCAGCAGUAGGUGUGGUCGUCUCACACACUUGCAUGUGUGUGCGUACACACACACAAAAAAACAUACACAGGCACUCAGCCCCUCCUCAGCUGAAGGGGGGGAUAUCGUCCCCUCUCCAGUUACCAUAUGAUCAAUUUGAUAUACGGGGAGGGGCAGUUUGCAUCUCCAUCAGGGUACUGGGCUUUACCAUUCCAGCACUGGGUUGUCUUAAUUUUAUUUGUCUAUAACCACCAAAAUGGUAAGGCUAUGGGGCCCAGAAAAAUUAGCUUGGGGGCUGGGUUAAUCCUCCUAACCGGAGGUUAGCCACCCUGCCUUGCAGGGUCAGUAUCCAAGGCAAAUAUAUCAUUCAACCCAGUUGGCAAGCCAGCCCUGUCCAUGGAUUAAAUGGGCAUUCCACUGCCAUGUCACUUUACAGUGCUAAUUAUUCUAUGUACUGAAAUGUGUUUAGAAGAGCAAAAGGUAUCUUAUUUGGAUGAUACCUUUUUUGUUUUGUUCGACUUUGAACCCUGCGAAAGUUCUUUAUAAAGCUGUUUCAGAUAUUAGCAGGGCAGACCAUGAGUGUUUUUUAAACUUUUAUUAUUCAUUAUUUAACUUUUUAGCACUUGGUUUUUAAAAACAAAAACAAUGUUGAAAAGCAGCAUGAAGACUUCUUUUUAAAAAUGCAGAGCAACAGUAAUCUAUUUGACAUUUUUAACGGUUUUAUAGAAAUACUAAUUAUGGACUAUAAAGUGUUCCUGUAUAAGCAACAUUUAAUAUUCUUGUGAAUUUUUCUCUUUUUUUCUGUUUCUCUUUUGGUCUCUAAAGAUUUUGUCACCCUUUCUCUUUAACUGAGCGGUUUAAGCAAUGCCAUUUAUUGGGUUGUGUUAACUGUGAAGGCCUGCAUGUCAAAAGUCUGACUUUCUUUGCAAUGUGUGUUUGGUAAACUGGCAUUCCUCCCCACUGUGUGUGCUUAUCUUGAGCAAAAAAGUGGACUUUAGCACUGUUACUUUAUCUCUCUUUUUUCCCCAUUUCUACCUAAUGACUUUUAAGCUUGAAGAUUUUCUUUAAGCAGUUAAUACAAAUGGCUAUGACACUGUGGCUACAAUCCUAUACCCUCUUGCCAUUGAAGUACAUCUUGUUAAGGUUGCAAUCUUAUUCACAUUUACCUGGGAGUAAACCCCACUGAGCACAGUGGGACUUACUUCUGAAUAAACAGACUUGCACUAUGAAUUCAGUGCGGCUUAAUUUUUAGUACAAAUUCAUAGGUGGGAGUCUAUGCUCAAGUGAUAAUCUGGGCUGUGUCAAGCUUGUAACGUUUGCUUUACUCCAUUGAAUGUGCACCUUAAUAGGAAGUGGUAUAGCUGCUGACUUGCUCCAUUAGAAUAUUGCACCUUUCUGUUCUUGUUACCUUAGCCAUUAGGAUUAAAGAGUGGAGGAUGCUUUCAGCUCAGGAUUCCUACUUGUAGAAUGAGGAAGUCUUCUGGCUGAAUUAUCAUCUUGACAUUUACUAGAGAGUUAGGACUGCUUCUCACAUUGCAUUCUUGAUGACCCAGGUGUACUGCCACAAAGCAACACUUAAUUUGUUGGCAGGCACAUGGAUAUAAAAUACCUGCAUCUAUUCCAAAAAGACCAGUGAACAAUAAAGGCCACUAUUUUGAUACUGUACAUGUUUCCCUGGACGUCAACUAAGUGUCUCAUGAAGAAAAUUGUUUAAAGAGGAGGCGUGUCUGUAGACAAACACAAGGGAAAUGCAAUUGACUAGGAUGCCCACUACAUUUUUCCUGUAGCUUUCUCAUCAAAUGUUACGGUGUUCACAGCACAUACAAGGAGUGGACAAUUCGGAAAUGCCAUGUGAAAUAGCACUUCAAAUCAACAUAAAAAAUUUGUAACCUUCCUUUGGUCAUGCAUUGAGAAAUGGCUGAUAUUUAAUUCCUUUUUCUUCUCUUGGGAACAUCCACCAGCACUUUAAUCUUUGCAUUACUUUUUCAUUUUUCUCCAGACAUGGGUGUGACUUGUGGCUGCAUUAUGUGAACACACAAGUCUGCUGCUAUUGGUGAACAAGUGUUUGUAUGUACUAUAGGGUGGUGCUUUUUUUUAGUACAUACAAGUACACACUUAAUAGUGUAUUAGCAGCCCUUAAGUGUGCAUCUGUAUUACAUAAAUUGCCCUUUAGAACUUGUAUUAACAUGAAGUAAAAAGGGUCUUGGGUAUUUCAUUGGUCUUUAUGUUUGGACUCUUUGCCUCUAACAUACACAGAUGGUGUUGGGAAGAUGUAAUUACUAGAAUAUCAUUGGCAAUGACCUUCUAACCAUAGUUGACUGUAUAUACUGAGACGUUAUGGGUCGGGUUGGGAGGGGGGAAUGUCUGCCGCUGGUACGAAUUUAGUCACUUUAACAUUGGAACUUCUGCCUCAUUGAAUUCAGGGUUUAAUGUACUUGAAGCUGUUUCCAUUCUUACUUUACAGCUUGUGUUUUAUUUAUAUAUUUUAUAUGGUAUUGUGAAAGUCUUUUUCCACUUAACACUGAAUCUGAAAUUGACUUCUGCUUCAGUUGCAUGGCAUGGUCACAAAGCAAACAGAAAAGACUUACUGUCUCCUUUUCCUAUGCUCUUAAGAAAAAGGACAGUUGUAUGAGACAUCAGCAUUAUGACUUGCCAAGGUGUUUACUUUUCCACAUUUGGUUAGCCCUCCUUUCUCUUGCCCCCUUCAUGCAUUUCAGGAAAAAUAUUUGCACUUAUCAAAACACUCCUGGAUGUAUUGUAGAUAGCUUUAGGGGAUGGAGUUGGGCAAAUCAACAUCUUCUUGUCCUUUGUUGUGUUGACAAGUUGUGGUGCAGAUGUAAUUGGGUAAGGGUAGGAGGAAAUGAAGCAAACUUUUUAUGCAGCUGUUUUCAUGCAGAAGCCUAAGAGUACAAUUUGGCAAGCACUGGUGCUGUGUCUGUACCAUAUCUGUUAGUGGGAUUUGUACAGAAACCAUACAAACUUCAUUGAGAGGAGCAGAGGGUGCCCAGCAGCAGAGCUCAGUGGAUUGCAUCCUUUUAUCCACAUGUUAACUUCAUUUUAACUGAAAGAAAAAUACUGCCACUUUGCCAAAGCUCUUCCUCAAUUCACUGCUUUCCAUAAGUGAUACUAAGGGCAGUUGUGCACAGGAACCUAGUGUGGUGUGUUUACUGCUGGGCUCUCCUACAUAUGGAAAGAAGAAAGUCAGUGUGCUGAAUUCUUUCCUGUACACCUAUCCCCCUAGUGGACAUCUGAAGGAAUUAUUUUUCAGUAAGAACUGGAUGAAAACUAUAUUUGCUUAUUCAUUCAUAUUUAUGUCUAGUUUGUGUCAUCCCCCCUCCCCAUUCCAAGUCCCCUGUUGUUUUCUUAAACAAAAAAUUGUGUUGCUAUUGAAAACCAAGAUGGUAAAAUAGCUAUUAUGACUGGCUAGUAACAAGACUGUGUCUUUUUAUUGUUUAUAAGGGUAUGUGCUUAUUCUGAGGUUGCUAUAUGAAAAGACAAAAUCCAUUUGUACCCACACAUGUGAUAUUGCACAAUGGACACCAGUACCAACUAUUUGUCUCCAUCCCUGUGUACUCUUAUCUGUAGCAAUGACUUUGUAGAAUCGUUAUUUCUGUAGACCUUGUUACUAUGUACCAAACUUUGUAGAUUCUGUGAAAUGUUAUUUUAACAGAAAUCACCAGAGAAUAGCAAAAUCAUUGAUACUCACUUUAAAGUCAAUAUAUUAGAGGAGUUUCUCAUACCCAAAGAGAAGCUCUCAACACUUAAUAAGUUGUGUUACUUUUUCCCUGGGGGUGUUCCAUGGGGAUGUUAAUGUAUUAUGACUUGAUGUUGCUGCGUAGACUUUGAGACUUAAACAACAUUUUGGAGGGUUUUGUUGUUUGGCCUAUGUUCUCUUGCAUAGUGUGAAAUCGAUAAAGCUUGGUUAACCUGUAUAUAGAUAGCUCAUUGUUUAUUAGUCAUAGUGUAUCUAGAAUUGCCUGUAAUAUUUUAGCUUCUUACUGAAUGUGAGUGAUGGUAGGAACAUAUAAUUUUUGUAUAUUUACUGAGAUGUUGCCUUUUUUAUUUUACAAAUACUUUGGAAUUCAGAUGUGUUUUUGCUUCCGUGAGAAUUAAUUUGGAAAGAUUUUUAAAAUGACAUUCCACCGAUUAAAUCUUUGCU